AUGAGAUUACAAAUGCCUAGCGUCUUGCUUACCCGGCUGCUGCUGCUGCUGCUGCUGCUGAUUCCAUGCAUCUGCUCGGCGGCUGAGUUCAGGGUCCACGACAAAUCCUUCAAGCCCGAUUACGUGCUGGUGGCGACGGCGAAGAACAUCACCAUCAACUGUCAGACACGCUAUUCCGUCGUCUUCAAUGGCACCUCCCCAGGUCCGCCACUGACAUUCCACGAGGACAAGACGACAUGGGUCCGGGUGUACAACCGAAUCAAGGAUCAAAACGUCACCGUCCACUGGCAUGGGCUCUCGCAGCGAACCGCUCCCUUCUCCGACGGCACCCCGUUGGUCAGCCAGUGGCCCAUCGCGCCGGACAACUUUUUCGACUAUGAGAUCCGACCCGAUCUUGGCAGCGCGGGUACUUACUUUUACCACAGCCACGUCGAAUUUCAGGCCGUCACAGCACAUGGCGCAUUGAUCGUCGAGGAUGCCGGCAAGCCCCCGUAUGAAUAUGACGAGGACGUAGUUGUUGGCCUGGGCGAAUACUAUCAAAAGACCGACCACCAGGUCCUCGACGAUCUGCUGGCAAAGCCAUUCAGGUGGUCUGGCGAGCCGGAUGCCAUCCUUUUCGCCGGCCGAUCCGGCAUCAAGCCCUUCUCCGAACCGUGCCACGACUCUUGCAAGCCUGACUUGAUCAAAGUAAAGCCCGGCAGGACGUACCGCAUGAGGUUCAUUGGCGGCACGGCCAUGUCUACCGUCGUCAUGGCGUUUGAAGGCCACAACAUGACCAUCAUCGAGGCAGAUGGAUCUUACACGAGACCGGCCGAGACGGACAGGAUGCAGGUUGGGUCGGGCCAGCGGUUCAGCGUUCUUUUGAGAACCAAGACGGAGCAGGAGGUGGUCAGUGCCAACAAGACAAACUUUUGGAUCCAGUAUGAAACGAGGGGGCGACCAACCAACGUGACCGGGUGGGCCCUGCUGCAGUAUGAGAUGCCAGGCCAAGAAAAAGCAACUCUGCCCGCAGAGCUGCCCUCCAAGCAUAUUGCUACAAUCCCCGAUGACCCGACCACUUGGAUGGAGUUUACACUGCAGCCUUUGCAGGACAGUGUUCGCCAAAAAUUCCCAAAGCUUUCCGAGGUGACACGGACCGUGUAUAUCGAGGUUAAGCAGGUGGUCGUCGGCGGAGGUGUGGUCAACGGGACCGUCAAGGGCUCAAUAGAGUGGGCUCAAAACUCCCUUGUCUGGCAAGAACAUGGUCAGGCCGCCAAAUAUCGGCCUCCCGUACUGAUUGGCAUCCUCACAACCGGCAUGUCCCCGUCUAUAGACGCCGCUCUCGCCAACAAAGCAUGGGACCCGACUACAGAAACCUUCCCGGCGGCCGUGGGAGAAACACUCGAUAUAGUGUGGCAGGGAAACUCGGGGGAGCUAGGAAGCUGGGACGUCCAUCCCUUCCACGCUCACGGGACCCACUUCUGGGACCUUGGUUCGGGCAACGGUACCUAUGAUGCCCUGGCGGUGGACGCUAAGUAUUAUGCCGACGGCAGUUUCGUGCCCGCCAUGAGAGAUACCACCAUGUUAUACCGCUAUGCCGCCAAGGGUGAGCAAAAUCAUACAGCCGGGUGGCGAGCGUGGCGCGUCCGGGUGACCGAGGAUGACGUGGGUGCUUGGGUUAUGCAUUGCCAUGUCCUACAGCACAUGAUGAUGGGGAUGCAGACGGUGUGGGUUCUCGGAACGGCAGCUGAGAUACUCAAGAAGUUUCCUAGCAGCCCAUACGUCAAUGGUUAUCUGACCUUCGGAGGGGACGCAUAUGGAAACGCGACCUAUGAUCCGCUGACAAAGACGACCGCCGCCAGACUGCAGAAGCAGAGCAAUGUCAGCGAACCAGAGCCUUUGAGCAUUGGGAACAUCAAAGAGAAUCUCACGAUGGAUACUAUGCACCUUGCACCAAGCUUUGCUGCCGAGGUCGGUAGCAAGCCUGCGGGUUCAUCCGCAAAGGAGCAACAUGCCAAGGAUACCGCGUCAGAGUCCAGGUUUUCAGAGCAUUCCCAUCAACCCCAGAAUCCUCGCGCCUCAUGCCCACAACCCCACAAGCUGGUGCUAUGCUUCGAUGGCACCGGAAACAAGUUUCGAGGCGACGAAAGCGAUAGCAACAUCCUAAAGAUAUUUAGGAUGCUCGACCGCACGGCUAGAGAUCAAUCCGGUAUUGGAACCUACGUGGUCUCCAACAACCUUUCGCAUGGCUCAUUCAGGGCACGCUUCAAGGCCAACAUGCAAAAGGCAAAAGACAGCGCCAUCGGGUCAUCGUUUGACCAGCACGUCGUUGGCGGAUACCGCUUCCUGAUGCGAUUCUACUCGCCCGGUGAUGAGAUUUACAUUUUUGGCUUCUCGCGUGGCGCCUACAUCGCGCGGUUCCUUGCCGAGAUGCUCGACUACGUCGGGCUGCUUUCGCACGGAAAUGAGGAAAUGGUGGCGUUUGCUUGGCGAGCUUUUGCCCAGUGGCAGUGCCGUCGGGGCGCCGGUGGAGAAGCCGAACACGGUGAGGCAGAGCCUUUCGCGGAACAAAAGGCUCAGAUACAGGCCGAGCCGGACGAGAAGAAAAAAGCAAAGCUGCGAAAGAAUAUGCGCAAUAUCCAAAAAGCCAUGGACAAGGACCGCGCCAAGGUGGACGAGCUUUACACCUUUCUCAAGGGAUUCCGCGAAACUUUCUCCCGGCCCGUGCGCCGCAUCCGAUUCCUGGGUCUGUUCGACACGGUCAACAGCGUCCCACGCUUUGAGACGGCCUGGAUGGAGCGUCACGGCUCCAAGUUUCCGUACACGGCUCGCACUUCGGCCAAGGUGAUCCGACACGCAGUCAGUAUCGACGAGAGGAGAGCCAAGUUCCGCCAAGACUUGAUCUACCAAAGUAGGAAUGAGGACAAAGAAGACAAGAAGGACAACCGGCUCGAACAGAAACUGCACCACAUGCGAGACAAGUACCGUGGCCACCACAACAAGCUUCGACGUGUUCCAGACCCCAGGAGCAGCUUGGACGACGAGGCGGACCCCCCACGUGGUCGCCGCGUAUCGCAACAUCUGGAUGAGGAACACAAGGAUGAGCAUGGGCGUCACUUGUCGCCAGGUCUUUCCACGGAACAGCCGGAAAGAUACCGGAUUCGAAGCCGGAGUCGCUCGCGGUCGCUGGCGCCUUCGUCCCGUCACGCCGACUUGACCAACAUCCCCGACGCAUCCGACGUCGAGGAUGGCUACGAUUCCGAAGACGAAGCGGACCAGGACAUCGACGAGGUAUGGUUCGCAGGCGGACACGGCGACGUGGGCGGCGGUUGGAGUGUGCGGCCUGGCGAGGGCAACGCCAGCCACAUUCCACUUGCGUGGAUGGUGCGCGAGGCGAUGCGGGCCGGCCUCUCCUUCGACAUGGAAAAGGUCGUGUCCAUGGGCUGCGCGGCGCCCAACUGCCAGCACCCACCGCAGCGCGUACCCAACAUCCGGGUCAACAGCAUCCCGCAGUCGAGCAUCACACUCACCGACAGCGACACGGCGUUCGGGCAGGGCGAACAUCACACAGCCCCGAUUCACGACUCGCUUUCCUUCAAUGGCGGCCUCACGCACAUGGCCACCCUGUCGUGGCGCUUGAUGGAGUGGCUCCCCUUUCGCCGCAUGGAUCUGCAGCCCGAUGGCAGCUGGAAGCCAAUCCGAUGGCCUCUGCCGCGUGGUGAGACCCGAGAUAUGCCUGCCGACGCGAGGAUCCACGGCAGUGUCAUCAAGCGGAUGCAGGCCGACGAGAACUACCGCCCGGGAAACCUCAUCGUAGGAGGUGGCGGAAGAGGUCUACGCAGAGCACCCAAAGAAUAUGGGAUCGGCGAGUGGGUAUGUGUCGGUGACGAGGGCGAUGAGAUUGGUGAGGUUUGGGUCAAGAAGCUGGCCUGA